AUGUAUAUCCAGGCACUCAAGAGAUGUAAGGUUUCUCAACCACUCUGGAAGAGCCUCCAUUCCGUCAAAGGAUUCCACUUUGAAAAAUGUUGGAGAAGGAAUGAAUCGAGCUCCUUCCAAAAUCCACCGAUUUCCAAUGUCUUCAAGUGGGUGAGGCAGGAUGUUAUUGCUAACCCACUGGGUAGACUUUUCAAUCCAUCGCAACAGCAUAUCUCCAAUUCAUGGAGGUUUGUGAGGUUGUCUAAACUUGUAAUAGAUUCUACAUUCGGCAACUUGCUUAUUCUCAACACCUCAAGAGAAGAACACGAUUCUAGCCUUAUUGGCAAACUUGUCAAUCCAUGGGAAUCUUCGAUUCUCAAUUCACGAAGGCAUGUGAAGCCAAGUAAACUUGGAACAUACUCUGGACUCAUGCUGCAACCAAAUAUAGACAACUUUCGGAGGGAUGAGAGGCUAUGA